AUGGAAAGGUAUGGACAUACCACAACGUCACCUGAGGAUUGUUUAAAUCGAGUGUUACGACUUUUCUUCGAAGACAACAACACCUCGUUCAAGAAUCUCCGAUGUUACAACAUCCUUAUCAAAUGCCCUAAAUGGUGUUCUUACAACGAUGAAAACAGCAAAAAGUAUCAAGAUUCAACUACCAAAAAGAAACGUGCAAGAAGCCCCAGCAGCGACGCUCCGGCCACGACUGCCCCCACUUUGGAUGCGGUUUCUGAUUUCAAAGCGAAUGCAACCGACCAUUCUAGUCUUGAUUGUCUGAUUGGGAAUAAGAAGGCCAAGCGUCUCCACCACAUCGAAGUCAAUGAGCAAGCGUGGAAACAAACAAUCGCUGAAGCACACACUUUGGUUGCGAACGAGCAAAAACGCCAGAAUGACAUCUUCAACAAGGAAGCGCAAUUGUUGCAGAUGAUGGCUGCGACCGGAUCGGCGAACAAUGAUGUGAUGAUCAUGAACCAAGACCUCACCAAUCUUGAUGACGAUGCCCGGGAAUAUUUCACCUUGAGAAGAAAACAGAUCCUUGCUUCUCUUCGAGCGAACUCUAGCUCAUCCUCCUAG